CUCUGGGCUUCACGACCUCUUCCCCUGUUCCUGGGAGGGCCUCAGCUCAGCCGGCCCCGAGCCACCAGACCAUGAGGAUGGAUUGCUAUACAGGGGUGACAGGCACCAUCUACGAGUACGGUGCCCUCACGCUCAGUGACGGGGACUACAUCCAGUUCAAGCAGUACGCGGGCAAGGUCGUCCUCUUCGUCAACGUGGCCUCCUACUGUGGCUUGACAGCUCAGUAUCCUGAACUGAACGCACUUCAGGACGAGCUGAAGCACUAUGGCGUGGUUGUGCUGGGCUUUCCCUGCAACCAGUUUGGAAAACAAGAACCAGGAAAGAACUCAGAGAUCCUUUCCGGGCUCAAGUAUGUGCGUCCAGGUGGCGGCUUCGUCCCCAGCUUUCAGCUCUUUGAGAAAGGGGAUGUGAAUGGAGAAAACGAACAGAAGGUCUUUACCUUCCUGAAGAACUCCUGCCCUCCGACCUCUGAUCUUUUGGGCUCACCAGACCAGCUGUUCUGGGAGCCCAUGAAGGUCCAUGACGUCCGCUGGAACUUUGAGAAGUUCCUGGUGGGGCCCAACGGGGUCCCUGUCAUGCGCUGGUUCCACAAGGCUCCCAUCAGCACCGUCAGAUCAGACAUCCUGGAGUACCUGAAGCAGCUAAAAACCAAGUAG